AUGUCAAUCUUUCUAAAAAAGGAUCGUCCAAACGCCAAAUCGACAUAUUAUGGGAGUAGUCUUCCCGCUAGGAUACGAAAUGGCUGGAAUUAUUCAGGCAAUAAUAAUAAGAAGUCUUCAGCAUCAUCGUCCUCAGCGAACAAUAAUGCUAGUAAUCACAUUCGAGGUGGCUGGAGAAACAUGAGAGCACGGACAAGUGAAAAGGACAAGGAGAAUCAUUUUGGCAAUCGACCAGGGGAACACGUUACGAUUGAAAAAGACAAUCAGAAUCAUGAAGAAGAGGCCUACUGUAAUGCUGAAAAUACUUCUGCUACGAAUCAUGUUAUUGAUAUUGGCAACAGCAAUGAUGCUACGAACAACAAAAGCUCUGGAGUAGGCCGUGCACGGGGUGGUGGUGGUGGUGGUGGUGGUGGCCCCAUUGGUACUGAAGCCAUGAUUGAACAACAUUUGGAACGCAAUUCCAAGUUGUUCAAAUAUCCACCACAAGGCUAUUGGACACGCAUCGAGCUGUCCAUUCUUUACAGCAUGGUGUUGGAGCCUACCAUUUUCCCAGCGUCUGCCGUGUGCGAACACAUUCAACAAUCCCAACAAGAAUUUGCGGAUGCUGCUGCUGAUGCUGAUGCCCACCGUAAGACUGACCCUCAGCAACCCCAGCAUUUCAUGGAACCCUAUUUGUACGAACGUCCUCCACCAGGACAAUACACGGCCCAAAUGACAGUCUCCUAUCAACAAUUUGUGGCCUUACUUGUGCUAGCCGGAGAAGAAUGGCCCGCCGAAUCCAAAGUCCCACAGUUACUUUGCCAAUCCAUGGUCCAAUGCAUUGUCCAAUAUGCAGAUCGGCAUGGUCUUGAUCGUCAAGUCGAAUUGAAUCAAGGUCUUCAAAAACCACUCGAACAGUACAGUCGCAAACGUGGUGCCAAGAUUACGCUGAGUAGCAUGUGGCCGGUCUACGUCGGUGCCAUUACCACGGCCUUGACAGGGACGGCCCUGCCGUUAGGGAUUAGUUACGUGGCCAGUUUUGCCUUGAAUGAAAAGCACGUCCAAAAGGAAUGCGUGGCCGAAGAAAAUCGCCUGCACUACCAACUUUCCAUGGAACGGGCGGCCAAUCCGGAACACGAAUCCUUGUUGGACGAUAUUGAUCAUUACGAUGCUUACUACCACGAGGAAGAGGAAGAAGAAAUUCAAUUGUGGGAUGACGACGAGAAGGAUGAGAAGAAGGAGAAGAAGAAAAAUAGUGGAUUGUUUGAUGACGAUGAUAAUAAUGAUGAGGAUUACAGUUUUGUGGCCCAGGAAGUAAAGCAACAACAACAACAUCAGCAGCAAUCCAAGAAAACACCAACAUCUGCAUUGGCAGGGGCUGGAUCCAUGUUACUCUUGGGCAAUUCCAUUCGGGCGCAACACCAAGACGAGCCUGUCAAGAAGCCAGCAGUCUAUGUCAAGGCGGUGUCUACGGUAGAUUCCAGUGACGAGGACGAUGGUGAUGGUGAUGAUCUGCUGUAA